GGGUAACGUCGAGGGGCUUAUUUAGUGCCAGAGGCGACCGGGAUCAACAUGUUGUACGUCGUGGAUUAGAAGUUGUACCUUUUUCGGGAGCAACGAAUAUCGUCCUGGAAUUGGGAAAAUCAUUGAAGUACAUGGGGAACGCGACCCGUUGUAGCAGUCCAUCACUUUAUCCCUCUCCAGAAAAUUGAUUCUCUCUUUAAUCUCGCAGCCGGAGAAAAAGCCAAGGAAUUUCAGGUUCAAAAUCUUAUAGAAAGGUGCCUUCAGCUUUACAUGAGCCAGAAGGAAGUCGUCAGUACUCUGUUACACCAGGCCAAAAUUGAGCCUGGAUUCACUGAACUUGGUGUCAUGUCCAAAAUCACUGAAAUAGCACUUGACCAUCUUACAGUGUGGCAAAAACUUGAAGCAGAAAAUCAGGAAUUUUUCAGGGCAUAUCAUCUAAGGUUGAUAGUGAAGGACCAAAUAUUGAGAUUCAAUCAGUUGCUUGAGAGACAGGUUCAGCUAAUGCGCCAAAUAAGUCAGACGGGAGUUGUUUCCAUUCCUAUGUCAAAUGGAUCUCAAAUUCAUUCAAUUCACAACUCCUCAGCUUACCAGGGUCCACAAUCGGCUAUUCAGUCUAUAAAGCCAGAAAACAUGCACCAAACCAUCAGUGCCAUACCUAAUGUUUACACGAAUGGCACAUCUUCCAUGCAGCCAUGCAUGCAAAUUGCAGUCAGUAACAGUCAUGGUGGAAGGAUUGAUUUGCCAGCAAACAUGCUAUUGGCUCAGAGCACAAAUACAGGAAUUAUGCAAGGAUUGAAUGGGGGAAUGAUAAAAACAGAAGGUGCCUAUGCAGGCGAUUCUGCAGUUAUGUUUUGUGGCGAGAACAAUCUACUUGAACCUCGUAAUGCAAUUGGUGAAGCAUCAAUUUCUCCUUUUAGUGGUGGAGAAUCCAGUUCACAAGUCUUAAAUGAGAAUAUAUUGGAGCCCGAGACAAACUCAUUUGGAUUUCUGGGACAGAUUCCUCGAAACUUCAGUUUAUCCGACUUGACAGCUGAUUUUUCAAAUAGCACAGAUAUACUGGAGAGCUAUUCCAGAUCUCCAUUCCUGGGAACAGAUGCGAACUUCUUGGACUCGCAUAUCAGAGAACAACAAGACAUUAGGAGGUUAGAUACUAUAUCAGAGGGCUUUAGUUAUGAAGAUUUUGGCAGUGAUUGAAGCAACAGUUUAAAUGGGCGGGUCACUCGGUUGUAGAGUGUUCUGUUGUAUAUAGUUUUUUUAUAACUAGAGAAGCAGAAGCUCCAUGGUUUUCAAACUAAUGCAUCAUUGGUUGUGUGUUGUGAGGUAAUAAUUUAGUCAGGAUCAAUGGUAAUCCUAAUCUGUAGUACUAAACUUGGAACAACACUUGCGCGCAAAGGCUUGCACGUUCAUUUCCUAGAUUAAACACAUGCUAACUGUAAUUAUUAGCAAGCAGAUUUGCGUCGGAGGAGAAAGGGUAGAAGAAAAUUUCAAUUCUUUUGAGUGAGAUCAAUUCUUACAUUGGACACUCAUGAAAAGAAAAAAAAAUCUUACAUGGGACUUA